AUGUCAAAAAACGAAGAAUCACCUGAAGUUGAAAAGAAAACUGAGAUUAGUGCUGAAGUGGAUCAAGCUCUUUCCAAUUUAUCUUCUACUCCGGACGUAAUGCUUCAAACAUUCAAAGUUAUAAUUAGAAGUAAUGGGAAGAAAUGCGUCGCAAGAGCUAUUAUCGAUACUGCUUCACAGCGAUCAUAUUUAUUAAGAAGUACAGCUAAAGAAAUGAACUAUGAACCUCAGAGUUGUGAAUAUUUACAACACUCUUUAUUUGGAGGGAAAGACUCAGGGAUAUGCAAGCAUGAUAGUUUAGCAGCCUGUAAUAUAAAUAGUGUGGAUGAUUGUCAAAAUCCUAUUGAGAUUCUUAUUGGGGCUGAUGUAGCUGGAAAACUCAUGACGGAUGGUCGUCGUGAGUUGCCUUGUGGUCUCGUAGCUAUUGAGACCAAAUUUGGAUGGUCAGUUAUGGGACGAAUGCCGAAUACUUCGAAAAGUGAGUUUUCAUCAUCGUUCUUAGUUACAUCCUUGUUAUCUACUGUGGAGACCAUAACAGAUCUAUGGACUUUGGACACACUUGGGAUCACUGACCCAUCAGUCAAGAAAAACCAGACUGAACUGCAAGAAGCUGCUCGGUUACAUUUUCUAAAUACAGUUCGUAUAGUCGAUGAUCGUUUCGAGGUUGAUUUGCCCUGGUUGGAAUAUCAUCCACCACUAACAAACUAUUUUGACUUAGCCGAGAGAAGACUGAACAAAACUGUUAAACAUCUUAAAAUCGAGUCCAAUUAUGAAGCUUUAGGAGAUGUUUUCAAGGAAUGGCUAAAAGAGGGAGUAAUUGAAGAGGCUGAUAAAAAUUAUCAAGGGCAAGUUCUUUACCUUCCUCAUCGAGAAGUUAUCAAAGAGAAUAGCACUACAAAACUCCAACCGGUAUUUGAUGCUUCGGCCAAAGUAAAGGGAUUUCCUAGUCUUAAUGACUGCUUAGAAAAAGGCCCAAAUCUAAUAGAACAGCUUCCGAGUAUUUUAAUACGCUUUCGAAAAGAAAGAUUAGGUGUUAUUGCUGAUAUACGAAGAGCCUUUCUUCAAAUAAGUGUUUCACCUACUGAUAGAGACUUUUUGCGGUUCUUAUGGCUUGAUAGUGAUGGUCAACUGAAAGUGUACAGGCACUGCCGUGUAGUUUUUGGUGUAGCAAGUAGCCCUUUUCUUCUAAACUCUACUAUUCAGCUUCACCUACAAACUGUUUUAGAGAAAAUAGAAACCGGUGAAUCCUUAUAUACGAAAGGUGUCAUUCAAAAACUUAUGCAUAGUUUUUAUGUUGACAAUUGUGUCAGUUGUGUUAAAAAUGAAGAAGAACUCAAUCAUUUUAUUAGUGUAUCAACUGAGGUAAUGGCUGAGAGAAAAUUUGAGCUUAGAGGGUGGGAGUUCAAUGAUAUUAAUGCUGAUGCUUCUGCUGAUACAAAUGUGCUCGGUUUAAUAUGGAAUAAAAAAUCUGACACUCUAAGAAUAAAUACUGGUAGUAUAAAAGAGUUAUGUUUUGAAAAAGUGACUAAGCGCUUAAUCUUACAGCUCAUAGAUUGUUUUGAUCCUCUUGGUAUGUGUUGUCCUGUUAUCCUUAUCCCUAAGUUAUUACUUCAAGAAACUUGGAAGCAGAAGAUAACAUGGGAUGAAGAAGUUGAUACCUGUACGAGAACUACAUUUUUAAAAUGGUUGAAAGAUAUUGACUAUCUGGAAAAGAUCCAUUUUCCAAGAUAUUUUGGUUCAAGGAGUACGAGUGAAAAUACUUCAGUACAUAUUUUCUGUGAUGCCAUACAACUGAUACAAGCCAGGAGUAGAUUUACACCAACUGGAAAAGAAGAAACUACUAUCGCGAGAUUGGAAUUACUUGCAGCUACUAUAGCGUCUCGCCUUUCGUCCUCAAUUUUGUCUGAGAUACAGAGUGAAGAAGUUUACUUCUGGACUGAUUCUUCUACUGUUUUAGCCUGGAUAACGAGAGAAGAAGCCUGGAGUGUAUUUGUCCAGAAUAGGGUGAAGGAAAUAAGAAGACUAACAAAUAAAGAUUCUUGGAGACAUAUUCCUGGUUGCAUGAAUCCAGCUGAUCUUCCGAGUAGAGGUUGUUCAGCUCUCUCCUUAUUGAAAUCUCAGUGGUGGUUAGGUCCAAGUUGGCUUUACUUGCCUGAAGAAGAUUGGCCUAAAGGUGACUUAAAUUUAGAUGAGACUGAGAUUGUUAGAGAAAAGAAAAAGAGCAUAGUUUCUUCUGUAACAAAAUGUUUAGUUUCUGCAUGCUUGGUUACCAAGAGAGACUGGUAUUACAGAUAG